AUGAAUGGUCAGUUGCAGCGCUGUGUUCAUCUAGGUUUGCAUCAAAUUGUGGGGCCUAAGUUUGAAGGGCUACCUGAGAUCCGGGAGAAGAGGGCAACCUUAAGUCAUGAUUUGGAUUUGAGCAGUCAGGUUUUAGUCUUCCAUGACUCCAAGUCAGAAGGGGGAACUUUAAGGGACCACAUCUCAAGGGUUAGAUCCUUGGCUGUAAAGACUCCCUUGGACUGCCUUUUGACUGUUGGCUGUAGCAACUUGUUUUCUUGCAGAGAUGAAGCAUCUGGUUUUUGUUAUCUCAAUGAUGCUGUCCUGGGAAUAUUACGAUUGCGACGGAAAUUUGACCGUAUUCUCUAUGUGGAUUUGGAUCUGCACCAUGGAGAUGGUGUAGAAGAUGCCUUCAGUUUCACAUCUAAAGUCAUGACCGUAUCCCUGCACAAAUUUUCUCCUGGAUUUUUCCCAGGAACAGGUGAUGUGUCUGAUGUUGGCCUAGGGAAAGGACGGUACUACAGUGUGAAUGUGCCCAUUCAUGAUGGCAUACAGGAUGAGAAGUAUUAUCACAUCUGUGAAAGGUAUGACACUAAUGCUGAGCUGGUAGCAAGCACUUUGCCUCUCUGUAGGAUCUCCAAUCUCAGAGUUCUUGUUUUCAAGGAACAUUUUGAAAAAUAA